AUGCCUGAAAAUCCUGCUGCAGAUAAACAGCAGGUGCUGCAGAUCCUUGAUCGUCUGCAAGCAAAACUGCGUGAGAAAAGAGAUUCCCAACAUAAUGAAAACCUGACUGUUCUGCGUAACACACUCAGGAGUCCUUUGUUUAACCAGAUACUGACCAUCCAGCAAUCCAUCAAGCAACUGAAGGAACAACUCAAUUAUAUGCCUCCUGACCGUUCAGUAGAUUUUGAUUUUACUAAGAGAGGGCUACUAGUGUUUGCUGACAAAUCAGUUGCUGCUGGGAGUGUGCAUGCACCUUGCAGUUCACCUGAACUCAAAGCAUCUAUCUUCACUCCAAACCUGGGAGUUAAUGAAUUUAACGCAAUCAUCCAACAGAUGGCAAAGGGGAGACAAAUAGAAUCAAUAAAGAUUGAAAAGCCUUCUGUUGGAGGUCUUGGAUUUAGUGUGGUUGCCCUUAAAAAUCACAGCUUGGGAGAAGUUGGUAUCUUUGUCAAGGAAGUCCAGCCAGGAAGCAUAGCUGACAGGGAUCAAAGACUAAAGGAAAAUGACCACAUACUGGCCAUUAAUUGCACCCCAUUGGAUCAGAACAUUUCCCAUCAGCACGCUAUUGCCCUCCUCCAGCAGUCCACAGGAUCUUUACAUCUGGUUGUUGCUAGGGAGCCAGUUCAAGGAAACAGCAGAACUUCGGCUGUCUUAUUAAGUGAUAUAAAUCCACCUGAGACUAUUCACUGGGGCCAUGUUGAAGACGUUGAGCUGAUUAACGAUGGUUCAGGAUUAGGCUUUGGAAUUGUAGGAGGAAAGUCGAGUGGAGUAGUUGUAAGAACAAUUGUUCCUGGGGGAUUAGCAGAUCGGGAUGGGAGGCUCCGGACAGGAGAUCACAUCUUACAGAUUGGAGGGACCAAUGUGCAAGGAAUGACCAGUGAACAAGUUGCCCAAGUGCUGAGAAACUGUGGGAAUUCUGUUAGGAUGAUCGUUGCAAGAGACCCAAAGUGUGGAAUUACAGAGACUCCACCAGCUCCUGUGAGCUGGCCAGUCAGUACAUUACCUUCGUUUCAAAAUGGAAAUGAUAAUACCAACCUUUUUGAGACCUAUGAUGUUGAACUUAUAAAAAAGAAUGGGCAAAGCCUGGGGAUAACAAUUGUUGGAUAUGCUGGCACAUGUGAUGCAGAACCUUCAGGGAUUUUUGUGAAAAAUAUAAUACCUGGUAGUGCUGCUGACCACAAUGGCCAAAUUCAUGUUCAUGACAAAAUUGUUGCUGUUGAUGGAGUUAAUAUACAGGAUUAUACCAACCAAGAAGUGGUAGAGGCGUUGCGUAACACAGGACAGACUGUACGCCUUACCCUGCUUAGAAGGAAACCUUCUUCUACUAUUUCUUCAGAAAGAGUGCAGCCAACUGUUCCAACCUGUGUGUCCCCUGGAGCUGUAGGGACUGAAACUAGGGUGGACGCUAAGAAUGAGGAAAACCAAGAACAGAAGAAUAAUCUUCAAAAUGAAAGGAAGCAGAGUCUGCGUAAAACAGGAAAAGUCCCACUCCCUCCAGCACAUGAGCUGAAAUCCAAGUGGGAAAACCUGCUGGGACCUGAAUACGAAGUUAUGGUGGUGAAUGUGGAUAUGCCCAUUACAGAUGAUUCGGAGCUCCAGAAGUACUCAAAGCUAUUACCCAUCCACACUUUGAGAUUAGGAGUUGAGCUUGACACGUUUGAUGGACAUCAUUAUAUAUCAUCAAUUGCUUCAGAUGGUUCAGCUGCAACACUUGGUCUUCUGCAACUGGAGGAUGAACUUCUGGAGGUAAAUGGAGUUCAGCUAUAUGGAAAAUCACGCCGUGAGGCAAUCACUUUUCUAAAAGAAGUGCCACCCCCAUUUACACUGGUUUGCUGUCGGCGACUUUUUGAUGAUGGCAGUGAGUCUCUUGUGGAUGAACCCACCGUGGGAAUUUCCCCUCCAGAACAAAAGGUGAAACUCGAGGAAGACAUUAAUCCUGAGGAAGAAGAAGGGGAAUUAGCAUUAUGGUCUCCUGAUGUGAAGGUUAUUGAACUGGAGAAAGACAGAAAUGGUUUAGGAUUCAGCAUUUUGGACUAUCAGGAUCUCUUAGAUCCAACAAGAACAGCCAUUGUGAUCAGCUCUUUGGUGGCAGGCGGAGCAGCUGAACGUGGGGGCAAGCUUUUACCAGGUGACCGCUUGGUGUUUGUAAAUGAGAAAUCUUUGGACAGUGCCACUUUAGCAGAGGCAGUUGAAGUGUUGAAAUCUGUGCCCCCAGGUAGAGUUACUCUUGGAAUCUGCAAGCCUUUGGUGGGAGAAAGCAAAGAGGAGGAGAACAUGCACAGUGUGGAUUCCAGCAACAUUAAAACCAGCCCUAGAUCUCCAGAACCAAUAGAUAAUAUUAAUAUCUCAAUAAUACUUGAAGCACCACAGGGUUUCAGAGAUGAAACACCUUUUAAAGAAGAACUUGUUGAUGAACCAAGUUUGGACUUGGGAAGGUCAUUUCAGCAUUCUCAAAAUGACAAUGAAUACGAGAAGGAGUCCUGGGAGAUGCAUGAAUUUCUGAAACCCAGAACAGAAGAAAUGGAUGAAGAACGGGAAAUGUUGGUGGAUGAUGAGUAUGAAGACGAUUCAGGCUUCCUGAAAUAUAAUGCAUCGUGUGGACAGAAGGCAACUUCAGAGAGGAACCUUGAUACAGAACGAUGGGCAAAGCAACUUGAGACUACUGAAAUACAAGACUUAAGAUCCAGUGUUAACUUAAGUCCAAAAGAAUCCCUAGAAUAUCCAUUCAAUAAAGAUAAAAUGUGUGAAGAAAAUGCUAGUAUAAGUUCACUAUUUUCUGGAACCACAGCACACAGUGGCUACCAAAAAGACAUAUUUGAUACUGAAACUACCCAGUCAGGAGCAAAAACCAAGAUGGAUUUAGAUAAAAAGCUUCAGAUUGACUCUAAAGGACCUGGACUUGCUGUUGAUCUGGAAGCUAUUGAAAAGGAAGAACUAAAAGGGGAGGUUUAUGUUUUUUCCAAGAACUCGGAAUCUGAGAGAGUAACCACCUUAGCUCAGCCCAGAACAGCGUUGUGCAGUGAAUUACCUGAGAGAGAAGAAGGAGAAGGAGAAGAAACUCCAAACUUCAGCCACUGGGGACCACCACGGACUGUUGAGAUCUUCAGAGACCCUCACGUGUCUCUUGGAAUCAGUAUUGUUGGUGGACAAACUGUCAUAAAGCGUCUGAAGAAUGGAGAAGAACUUAAAGGGAUCUUUAUCAAACAAGUUUUGGAAGACAGCCCAGCAGGAAGAACACGGGCUUUAAAAACUGGAGAUAAAAUACUUGAGGUUUCUGGGAUAGACCUACAAAAUGCCACACACGAGGAAGCAGUAGAAGCUAUCAAGAACGCAGGAAAUCCUGUUGUGUUUGUAGUUCAGGGUUUGUCUAACAUACCAAAAGUGGUUUCUGCUGUACAGCCUAAGGGAAUCAAAGUCAGCAAAGAUCAGGAUGCAGACAAAGAAAAUAAGAGUGAAAAGAGAAAAUAUGGGGCUCCGCCUCCAAUGAAAUUGCCACCUCCUUAUAAAGCACUUGAAAGACUGCCUGCAGAGGAAGCAAACAUGGAUGAAGAGGAGGAUGAAGAUGCUUGUGCAGAGAAAAAAAUCAGGCAAAGAUAUGCAGAUCUACCAGGAGAGUUGCACAUUAUUGAGCUUGAGAAAGACAAAAAUGGUCUCGGACUGAGUCUUGCUGGCAACAAGGACCGCUCUCGUAUGAGCAUCUUUGUAGUUGGUAUCAAUCCAGAUGGACCUGCAGGACGAGAUGGAAGGAUGCAUAUUGGCGAUGAACUUCUAGAGAUAAACAAUCAGAUAUUGUAUGGAAGAAGUCACCAGAAUGCUUCUGCAAUCAUUAAGACUGCCCCAUCAAAGGUUAAGCUAGUUUUCAUACGAAGUGAAGAUGCAGUCAAUCAGAUGGCUGUUACUCCUUUCCCAUUACCUUCUAGCUCCCACUCUUCUGUUGAGGAUCAUGGUGGCACUGAACCUGCAAGCAGCGAAGACGACCCGAAUUUGGAAGUUGUCAUGAAAAGCUUGACUGAUGAGGAAUCCAACAAAGCUGAUGUGAAAUGCAAAGCUGACAAACCAGUGCUGGCAGAGGAGCAGCUCCAGGAAAAUGUCCUCAACCAGAUCAAACAAUCCAAAACUUCAACAAAAGUACCAGUCAACUUACAGGAGAUACCGCUGGUGCCAGCACCUACUUAUCUUUCUCCAGAGACAGAAGUCACCAGCCAUAGUGUCUUUCCAUCUCUAUUGCCUGUGGAUCCAGCAACGUGUCCUAUAGUUCCAGGGCAGGAGAUGACUAUAGAGAUAUCUAAGGGUCGGUCAGGCCUAGGACUCAGCAUCGUCGGGGGGAAAGACACUCCACUGGACGCCAUAGUGAUCCAUGAAGUUUAUGAAGAAGGGGCAGCAGCCCGAGAUGGCAGGCUUUGGGCCGGCGAUCAGAUUCUGGAGGUGAACGGGAUCGAUCUGCGGAAUGCCAGCCAUGAAGAAGCUAUCACUGCACUGAGACAGACGCCCCAGAAGGUGCAGCUGGUUGUUUACAGAGAUGAAGCACAUUACAAAGAUGAAGAAAACUUAGAGAUUUUCUAUGUAGAUAUACAAAAGAAAACAGGCCGAGGACUAGGGCUCAGUAUAGCUGGAAAACGAAAUGGAAGUGGAGUGUUUAUCUCUGACAUUGUUAAAGGAGGAGCUGCAGACCUAGAUGGAAGAUUAAUUCAAGGAGAUCAGAUUUUGUCUGUAAAUGGAGAGGAUAUGAGAAAUGCCUCACAAGAGACUGUUGCCACUAUACUUAAGUGUGCCCAAGGCCUAGUGCAUCUUGAGCUUGGGAGAUUGCGAGCUGGAUCAUGGCUAUCAUCACGGAAAACAUCUGAAAACAGUCAGGCAAGCCAACAGAGUGUCCAUAGCCACUUCCACCCAGCACUUGCUCCAGUCCUCUCUACCUUACAGAAUUUUGUCAGCACGAAAAGAUCUGCAGCAGAUGCGUCUCAGAGAAACUCAGGAGCAGAUACGGGCCCAAGGACUGUGGAGAUAACAAGGGGACCAAAUGAUGCACUUGGUAUCAGUAUAGCAGGAGGGAAGGGAAGUCCAUUAGGAGAUAUUCCCAUCUUCAUUGCUAUGAUUCAAGCCAGUGGUGUGGCUGCACGUACCCAAAGACUCAGAGUUGGAGAUCGGAUUGUCAGUAUUAAUGGGCAACCUUUGGAUGGGCUGUCUCAUGCAGAUGCGGUUAAUCUACUAAAGAAUGCUUAUGGGAGCAUUAUCCUGCAGGUUGUGGCUGAUACCAACAUCAGUGCCAUUGCUACCCAGCUGGAGAGCAUGUCUGCAGGAUGCAACCUUAACUCUUCUGAGCAUCCUUCCGAAGAUCCUGAGGAGCAGCUGCGGAUGAUGGCAGACUGAAGCGUGGCGACCAGAUUUUAGCAGUUAAUGGGGAAGCCUUGGAAGGUGUUACUCAUGAGCAAGCUGUAGCUAUUCUGAAGCGCCA